AUGUCUUUUUUAAUUUCACUUCUCUCUGAUCCUGCAUUAGUUAGUCUGCUGUGUGCAGCAGUAUUAUUAGCUGUAGCUUAUUUUUCGACUGGCUAUAAAAAUUCAGCUUUUAAAUUACCUCCUGGUCCAACUCCUCUUCCGAUCAUUGGUAACCUGCACUUGGUGGAUCUUAGAAGGCAAGAUAAAUCACUAAUGAAGCUUGCAGAAAAAUACGGCCCCAUCUUCACCCUCCACUUUGGGUUCCAGAAAGUUGUGGUUCUGACCGGGUAUGAAGUUGUGCGAGAGGCGCUUGUGAACUACACAGAGGAGUUUGUAGACAGACCAUCCAUCCCAAUAUUUGACCAAAUUCAGAACGGAAACGGUCUGUUCUUCUCCAUCGGGGAGCUGUGGCGGACCACGCGGAGAUUCACCGUGUCCAGCAUGCGCAACCUCGGCAUGGGGAAACAAAUGAUCGAAGGCAGAAUCUUCGAGGAGCUUCACUUCCUCAUUGACAUGAUCAAAUCCUUCAAAGGGGAACCUUUCAGCCUGCCGUCCUUCAACUGCGCUCCCAUCAACGUCACCUUCGUCAUGCUCUUUGGGGACAGGUUUGACUACAAGGACCCAACAUUUCUCACUCUCUUAAGACUCAUAGAUGAAGUUAUGAUUCUUCUGGGAUCCCCAAAUUUAAACUAUUUCAAUUUCUACCCAUUCCUUGGAUUUCUUUUCAAAACCCACAAGAUUAUGCUCAAGAAAAUCGAUGAUGUGCGUGCCAUUUUAAGGCAGUACAUGAAGGCGAGCAGGGAGGAUAUCAACGAGAACAGCGUGAGGAGUUACAUUGAUGCACUGAUAUUCAAGCAACAAGAGGAGAAAAACAAGAAAGACAGCCUCUUCCAUGAUGACAACUUAAUGGCAUCCAUACUUGACCUGGUCAUGGCUGGAACAGAGACCAUUGCCACCACGCUCCAGUGGUCCAUCCUGCUCAUGAUGAAAUACCCAGAGAUUCAAAAAAAGGUUCAGGAGGAGAUUGGGAGAACGGUCAAAGCUGGGAGCUGGGCCACGUACGAGGACAGGAAGAACAUGCCCUACACCAACGCAGUGCUGCACGAGGUGCAGAGGUUCAUCACCCUCCUGCCACACGUGCCCCGCUGCACUGCUGUGGACACCUACUUCAGGGGCUACUUCCUUCCCAAGGGUAUAAUUGUAAUCCCAUCCCUUACCUCAGUGCUGCUGGAUAAGACACAAUGGGAGACACCACAUCAGUUCAACCCCAACCACUUUCUCGAUGCUGAAGGGAAUUUUGUAAAGAAAGGUGCUUUCCUGCCCUUCUCCACAGGGCGACGGAACUGCAUCGGAGAAAGCCUGGCCAAGAUGGAGCUGUUUGUCUUCUUUGUAGGGCUGCUCCAAACAUUCACUUUCCGACCCCAGCCGGGCGUUUCAGAGUCUGACUUGGACCUCACCGUGCCCCAAACGACUUUCACAUUAAGGCCUCAGCCUCAGGCAACCUGUGCUGUCCUGAGGGAAUAG